CUGCCUGUUUUCUUUAAAGACCCAGUCCGACCAGAAGUAGACUCGGUUUUCAGAAACCAUGGCAACAUGCCUCUGUACAAUCAAGCACUGUGCAAUAUUGAAUAAAUCACCCGAAACACAAAACUAAAGCUGCACUACAUAAUGCGAACAUAUCGACAGCGCAGUAAUGUGUGAAAUAAUUCAUAUUUCAUUUAAGCCUUUUCUUGGUAUUGGUAUCAAGCGUCAAAUUUUAAAACAUGUUUAGAAAUUUUGGAUUUUUUUGUAAGUGUCCUCUGAAUGAACCCUUAAUACAGUGAAAUUAUUUCUGAUAUUCUAAAACCUCAAACUACUGCUUUAACUAAAGGGAGAAGAUGAGCAAAUGCUAGGGGGAAAAAAAACUAACUUGAAUAGCUAACCUUUAUUUCAUUCCCCCCAGAUUCACUGUCACUGAUUACAUGUGUGACAUUAAAACUGAAAAGAUUUAUUUCUUAAGACAUUUGUUGUUUUUGUCUCUUCAAUAACAGAUUCAGGAGUUUUAUGAGAAGGAGGAAAAGGACAUCCCAGCGCUCUCAGAUGGUUGACGUGACUUCACUAAUGAAUGAACCAAAUCGACUAAACUUUUCACCGAGUCUGAGGUCUACCUGAUCUGUUCCCCAUCUCAUCCCUGUUCAGCUCCCAGCUCCACACCUGCUGGUCUGAGAGCAGCAGAUCGACGGAUCAGAUAAGCCACAUGUCCACCGCUGUAUAUAAGAGCGGCGCAUUCAAGCCCCAGAGACAGACGGAUAAGUUAUCUACUGUAAUAAUAUUCUGUUAAGAGCUGGUUUUUAAAUAUGUGUAAGGGACUUUCCUACCUGCCUUCCUCCUGCUUGGAGAAGGCAAAAGGGAUGCGAGUGAAGCUGAGCCACCUGGCUGAGAUCCACCACAAGCAAAAGGUACAAGAUGGAAAAAUCCUGCAGGAUCUGGAAACCCUGCUGGGCAGCAAAAUCGGUCUUCAGGCGUUUCGAGGGUUCCUGCGUUCAGAGUUCAGCGAGGAGAACCUGGAAUUCUGGCUGGCCUGUGAGGACUACAGGGUUUCCCCUUCAAACAUGCAGAAGACCAAAGCCAGCAGCAUCUACAACCAGUUCAUCAACCCUGAUGCUCCACUGGAAGUGAACCUGGAUGCCGAGACCCGUGAGGCUCUGCUGAGCAUGAUGGACUCGCUGUGUGCCGACACUUUCAACCUAGCACAGCAGAGGAUCUACAGCCUGAUGGCCAAGGACUCCUUCCCUCGGUUUCUCCGCUCUCACCACUGUGCAGAGGCCAUCAAGGCUUAUUAAGCUUCCUAGCUGAGAACGGCUUCAGAAACUGAUCUUUUCUGCUGGACUUGACUGUAAUGUGCAAUUUAUUUUAGCAACAUGUUUAGUCAUGCAACAGAAACAGUAGCAUAAUAAUUAUAAUGCUUAAAUGUAGAUGCAAAAAAAUAAAAAAUACUUCCCCCUCUGCACUGCAUAAGCUACUAACAUUUACAAAGACUGAAAUAAAGAGUGGGUUAUAUAAAUCUC